ACACGUGUCAAUUUCGCUUCAAGCUUGCUGGAUUGAUGAUGGGUUUAUGCAUUUGUGGGUUUUUGUUGAGUUUUGCCCUUUCUCUGUAGUUUCAAUCUGUGCCCUGUUCUUCUCCUGAUGAGAAAUUUUCUUCAAGAUCUUAGUCUGUUGUUUGGAUAGUCUGAAAGAUGUUUCUUAAUGAGCACUUCAAUGUUCUUAUGCGACAGUUUAAUCGUUGUUAAACAGAACCCACCUCAGACUUUGCUCUCUUUGGGAAACUCAUCGUGUUUCUUGGUUCCAUUUAGUAGCAAAAGGAAUAGAUUUUCUGGGUUUUUUACGAAUGCGGCAAAGCAUGAUAAUUGCAACAACGACCAUUCAAAGAAGAGGAAACGAAGCUGGUGGCAAAGGUUCUUUUUUGAUGAUGAUGGUAAUUGGUUGGGUCUAAAGGAUGAUUAUGAUACGCUAGAGGAAGAGUUGAAGGAAGGCGCGAGGGAUAAGCAGUUGUCGGAGGGGGAGAAGUUUGAGGCAUGGAAGAGGAGGGCUGAGGCAAUCAUAGAGCUAAGAGAAGCACAGCAAGAUAUGAGGAAUGAGGAGAGUAGAAGGUGGGAAGAUUGGAUUGUGGAUGGUGAUGGUAAAUAUGCUAGUGAUUGGGAUGAUAGGAUUGAGGAACUGAGGAAGGAUCCUGUUGAGAUGGUUCCUGAAAAGGGGUUUGUUGAGAUUGCGAGGGAUUUAAUUCUUGGGGAGGAAGAUGAAGAUAUUCUGUAUGAAGAUCGUGUUUUUAGAUAUGCCUCCAUUAAUUCGGCUAAAUUUUUGGCAGCAUUGAUAAUAAUUCCUUUGGUCUUGGAUUAUGUGGUUCAUGACUAUGUUCUUAUGCCAUUUUUGGACAGAUAUGUGAAGACAGUGCCACUUGCAGCAGAGUUGCUAGAUGUCAGGAGAAGUCAAAAGCUAGAAAUGGUUAAACAAUUGAAAGUUGAGAAAGCAAGAUUCAUGCUUGAGGUAGAGAUUGGUCAAGCUCCACCUCUUUCUGAUGAGGAACUUUGGUGGGAGUUACGGCAUAAAGCGUUAGAGUUACGAGAUGAGUGGAGAUUGGAAAACCGUAAAGCAUUUGCCAACAUAUGGUCAGAUAUGAUAUUUGGGAUCUCAUUGUUCCUUCUUUUAUAUUUCAAUCAAAGUAAGGUAGCUUUGCUGAAGUUUACUGGUUAUAAACUAUUUAAUAAUAUUUCAGAUGCUGGGAAGGCAUUUCUCAUUAUAGUUAUUGCAGACAUUCUUUUAGGGUAUCAUUCCGAAUUAGGAUGGCAAGCUUUCUUAGAGAUAAUGGUUGAGCACUAUGGAUUUCAAAUUGAUGAGGCUGCUAUAACCAUUUUUAUCAGUGUGGUUCCUGUUUUCACUGAUUCAUGUCUGAAGAUUUGGGUAUGUUUUACUUUACAUACAAUACUCUGGCACCCUGUUGAUUUUCGUGUCUUGUUCCAACAGAGACAUAAGAUGGAUCCAUAAUCGUCUUAAUCUGCCUUCUCAUCACAUAGUUUGUCAACAUUUUAUUUUUGUGUUGUUCCUUGCUUCAUAUGUUUCCUGGUCCUAUGAACAUGUGAAAAAAAGGUAACUACAAUGUGUAUGAUGGGUGACAAUAUCAACUAUAUCGUAUAAUGCACUACUGAUUCAAUUCAGGACAGUCACUUUACUUUUCAACUGAAUGGAUUAUCUAAUGCUUUUUCAUUCUCUAUCUCUGGUGCAGUUGUUUAAGUUCCUUCCAAGACUAUCUCCAAGAGUUGAUAGUAUAUUCCAUGACAUGGGGCGCCACUAGUGAAAUUUGUUAUCACCAUUUUUGGUUUCUUUCACGUCCUCUACUUUCUACAGAGUCACUUAUGUUUUAAUUUGCAGUACAAACGAACAUGAGAAAGGAGAUUCUAGGUUUUUGUGAAUUGAUUUGUUGCAUACAGUGAAAGAUGAUGCUAUUGAUUCAAAGUUGUUCCCAUAAAAUUCAGCUUCUUUAUUUAUGUGACUGUAGUGUAGAGUUUAGAUGGAUUGUUUUUGUGGAAGUUGGUCCUUGUUUUUUUAUGUUAGUUUUAUGGUCCCCAACCUCAAAGAAAAAGGAUAUAAGAAAAACAGACUGGAAUU